CAGGAACAUGUCUGGCUCUGAGGGACAAGGCAAAACCAAGUAUGACUUCACUGAAGAAAUAAAAAAAAUAACUGAAGAGGCUAGCAAGAAGACUCCAGAGGAACUGAAAUUUACUUACAAGGGUAUUCUCUACCCGAGCACACUCUGUAGCGAGGGCACAUUUAAAGCACUGGAGUCUUUGGAAGGCAGAGAAGAUGAUGUACUUAUUGUAACUUAUCCCAAAUGUGGAACUAACUGGACAGUACAGAUACUUCAUGAAAUGCUGCUUGCGGUGCACAAGAAGGAACCCACAGUUGACCGUGGUGUGCUUGAAUUUGGGAAAGCAGAGAGAUAUGAGCACUUGAAGCAACAACCAUCACCACGACUCUUAGCAUCACAUCUGACUUUUGAUAGUAUCCCUAAAUCUUUCCAUGAAAAGACCAAGAUCUUGGUGAUUCUUCGGAACCCAAAGGACACAGCGGUGUCUUAUUAUCAUUUCACAAACUGCAAUCCUGUGCUUCCUACGUACAGCUCUUGGGACUUGUUUUUCCAAGAUUUUAUAAGUGGAAACGUGAUUUAUGGGUCUUAUUUUGAUUACGUUCUUGGAUUGGAGAAACAUAUUGCUGAUGAGAAUGUACUUAUACUUACAUUUGAAGAUAUGAAAAUGGACUUCCCUGCAGAAAUAAGGAAAAUAGCAGACUUCUAUGGGCUAUCUAUGACAGAUGAGCAAGUAGAGUACGUUCAAAACAAAACUUCUUUUAAAUCUAUGAAAGAGAAUUCCGGUAAUACUCAUGGAAAAAUAGGAGGGGCAUUCUUCCGAAAAGGAGAAAUCGGGGACUGGAAGAGUCUUUUUACUGAAGAACAGAGUAAAGAAGUGGAUGCUAAGUUUGAAGAGACCCUCGCAGGAACAAAGCUGGGAGAGAAGAUAGACUAUAAAAAAUAUUGUACAUUUUAGAGACUCUCCUUCUUGCCUCCAAAUUAAAUGAUUUUUAAUUGUGUUAAAGUUA